AUGGCGCCGUUCUUUCAGUCUCUCAGCCAAGCGGCCGUCGUUGCCCUUGCGUUGAUUUCGAAUGCCCAAGCCGCUCCCCCCGCCGCCGACGCGAGGCUCGACAGCCGAGCCGGCAAGGUGCCGCUGCGCCUGAUGCCCCUGGGCGCCUCCAUCACGGCCGGCCUACACUCGUCGACGGGCAACGGCUACCGCAAGGACCUGCGCGAGCUGCUCGUCAAGGACGGCUACCCGAUCAACAUGGUGGGCUCGCGCAAGUCGGGCACCAUGAAGGACAACGACAACGAGGGCUGGUCGGGCUUCCGUAUCGACCAGGUCGAGGGCAAGGCGCGGGCGUCCGUCCCGGGCAUCAAGCCCAACCUCUUCUGCGUCAACGCGGGCACCAACGACUGCGCGCAGAAUUCCGACAUCGCCGGCGCCGGCAAGCGCAUGGGCGACAUGCUCGAGUACCUCUGGAGCGCGUCGCCCGGGUCCACCGUCGUGCUGUCCACGCUGCUCAUCAACCUCAACACCACGCGCGAGGCCUGCGGCGUGCGCGUCAACGAGCAGAUCAAGAAACUUGCCGACGACAAGGCCGCCGCGGGGAAGCGCAUCGUCUUCGUCGACAUGCACGCCGCCGACGGCCCGCAAAAGGGGGACAUGGCCGACGACACGCACCCGGGCGACGUCGGGUACGGCAAGAUGGCCAAGAUCUGGCACCGCGGCAUCCUCGAGGCCGACAAGAAGGGUUUCUUGCACGCGCCGCAGAAGACCACCUAG